ACUGGCCACAUGGAAGUUUCUGGUAUCAAGUCAAAAUUUAAGCUGAAUCCUCUAACAAAAGUACCCGGCUCCCAUGGCAAGAGGGAUAAAGAUUUACCAGGAUCUCUCCCAUGCCAAUCAGGGCACAAAGAAAGGAAGCUGAGUGCUUCACAGAUGCGAGCUUUCCAAGAUGCCUACAACUUCUUCAACAAGGAUAAAACUGGUUCUAUUGAUUUACAUGGAUUGAUGUGUACUUUAGCUAAGUUGGGAAUGAAUCUAAACAAGCAUGAUGUUUCUAAUGAAUUACAAUGUGCUGAUAUUGAUCGAGAUGGGAAAGUGAAUUUCUCAGACUUUAUAAAGGUGCUAACAGAUAAGAACCGCUUCCUAAAGGCUGUGGUUCCAGAAAAAGAUAAAUGUUUAGAUUUAGCUGGCAACCCAGGGAUUCUGUUAUUUGAAAUCCUAUCAAAGCUUAUAGAGACUUCAGCCUUACCCAAAAAGGCUAUAAAGGAAAUAGUAAGGUAUUUCCGAAGAAAAUUCCAAGAAACCACCUCAGGAAUACUAUGGAGUCCCUACACUGCGGGUUAUGGAAAAAGGAGAUUUAAACCAGACAUAUGCAUACCUCUGGGCUCAAGCACAGCCGCCUUUGCUAAUGCUGCCCGGAUUGCAAUAAUGAAAGAAAAGGAUUUAUUUAAAUAUCUUGAGGAGCUCAAGAGAUGCAGUCCUCCUUCAGAUAAUCCAUAUUCAAAAAUACCCAUCUUUCCAUUGUUUCCUAAUGUGGAUGGGCUGGUAAUGGGAAAGCCAUUCAAAGACAUACAGAAAUUAGAAAUGCUCAGGAGAAAGGAGCCUCUGAAAUUCUUUGAGAACUAUUUUUUCCAUAAAAGAGAUUGGAAAAUGCAGGCAGCAAAAAUAAAGCCUAUUGACCCUGCCUCAGGCUACCCAACUGACAUCCUCGCCAUUGACCAAAUACUCAGGAAAAAACAGAACUGGACAGUGACUGAAGCAGCUACUAUUAAACCGCAUGUGAAGAGAGCUAUAGAUACUUAUAACUUAGGAACUGCUCUUGAGCACCGGAAAGAAAUGCUAAACCUCUGGCAGAAGAUCCGAGGAGAUUUGAUUGAAAUGGACACUAAAAAUGAGUCCUUUUAUGACGCCUUUUCUACUUACACAUGGUCCUGGAAUGUUUGCCAAGAAUUACUUUCCCCAAAGGACUUAAGGUUAUAUGAUGCUUACGUGAAUAGAAAUUCCUUCCACAAUUCUUCAUUCUCUUCCUCUUCGGAUAUCAGUGAAUGUGACACAGAGGCAGAAAGAAAAAGAAAAUGGAAAGGUUUCAAAGGGUUUCGACAAUGA